AUGUUAACGAAUGACGGCAAAGUACCGAUCGCGAUAAAAGUGAAGACUACGAAUAAGCAGCUAUUUAUGGUGGAUGUGGUUCAUUCGAUUAUUCAGCCGGGUGAGUCCAAGAAACUGCGGAUCAAGUGCCUACCGUUUUAUUUUAAUCCCAAACGAAAUAUACACGAUAGAAUUGGUAUUUUUUACUGCAAGGCGCCAAAUGAUGCGGUUGAUGCAAAAAAGGUUUGGAGGACGGCCGUUAAAUGGAAGAAGCACAUUAUGGAUGUAGCAUACAACCAGGAGAGAGAAGAAGCUCAUGGUAAAGAGUGUGAAAAGGCUUGUUCGCCAGCAGGCAGCUUCCACCUCUCUGGCUCUUCACCACCAGUUUCGGAGGAUACGUCGACCUCUGUGCUAUACACCUUCGCUUCGAGUUAUAAAUCUGAUUGGUCAGAUGCAUCUACGUCCGAUUUGUCUGGGCAGAAGAAGAAGGAGAAGAAGAACGAGGAUGUGUAG